GUAACGUUCCUUGCCGAAGAGGUCAAAACAAACCCGGUGAUUGAAAGACAGGCAGCGCGUGUGGAGAGCACAGCACCCCUGAUGGCUGGUCGACUCCUUAAAGUCUCCUCUCUGGCCACAGCAGUGUUCGCCUCCUCUGGGUUUUACUUCUACACCAAACAGCUGGACCUCAAUGACCUCAGUGUGAUCCGCUUCGGAAGAGCUGCGGCUACUACGGCGGUUAUCAGCUACGACUACCUGUCUGCUUUCAAACAUGUGGAGUACAACACGGAGGAGUACUGGGCACUCAAGUCAAAGGUGCAUCGUCGGUCGGCGGAGCGUCUUCGAGACUUGUGCUGUGCAAACCGGGGGACUUUCAUCAAGGUGGGCCAGCACCUGGGAGCUCUGGACUACCUGCUUCCAGAGGAGUACACGUCCACCCUGAAGGUGCUGCACAGCCGAGCUCCUCAGAGCAGCAUGGAGGAGAUCCAGCAGGUCAUCAAGGAAGACCUCGGCAAGGAGCUGUCAGAGUUAUUUGUCUCCUUUGAGGAGCAGCCUCAGGGUGCAGCCUCCUUAGCUCAGGUCCACAAGGCAGUGUUGCAUGAUGGGAGAACCGUGGCCGUCAAGGUCCAACACCCUAAAGUCCAGAGACAGAGCUCCAAGGACAUCAUGGUGAUCGAGGUGUUACUGCGAGCGGUCCAUUGGCUAUUCCCCGACUUCGCCUUCAUGUGGUUGGUGGAGGAGGCCAAGAAGAACAUGCCGCUGGAGCUCGACUUCCUCAACGAGGGGCACAACGCCGAGCGGGUGGCCAAAAUGCUGGGACACUUCCCCUUCCUCAAGGUUCCCAUGAUUCACUGGCAUCUGUCCACAAAGAGGAUCCUGACCAUGGAGUUUGCAGAGGGAGGUCAGGUCAACGACAGGGACUACAUGAAGACACACAACAUCAAUGUCAACGAGAUCUCAGAGAACCUGGGUAAGAUGUACAGUGAAAUGAUCUUCGUGCACGGCUUUGUUCACUGCGACCCUCAUCCGGGCAACGUGUUGGUCCGAAAAUGCCCCCAGAGCCAGAAGACGGAGAUUGUCCUGCUCGAUCACGGCCUCUAUCAGGUCCUGCAGCCUGACUUCAGGUUGGACUACUGCAGACUGUGGCAGGCUCUGAUUAAAGGAGACAUGCCCGGUGUGGAGCGCUACAGCCGCAGACUGGGAGCUGGAGAGCUGUACCCGCUGUUCGCCUGCGUCCUCACCGCCCGAUCCUGGACCGCCGUCAACGCUGGCAUCAGUUCUGUGCCUGUUACACACUCUGAGGACGUUGAGAUCCGGACCAAUGCGGCUCAGUAUUUGCCUCAGAUCAGCGAUCUGUUGAACAGAGUGCCCCGGCAGAUGCUGCUGCUUCUGAAGACCAACGACCUGCUGAGGGGCAUUGAGACCACCUUACAGACCAGGGCCUCAUCCUCCUCCUUCAUCAACAUGUCUCGCUGCUGUAUACGCGCCAUGGCCAGACACAAGAGGAGUAAGGCUCGGUCCAGAAGGAGGCGCCUGCAGAUCACGCUGUCCGAGUCCCUGAACUUGUGGAAACUCGGCGUGUAUGAACUGUUUCUGAGGGUGAAAGGCUCCAUGUUGGUCCACUGGCUCUCCGCUCUGCUGACGUUUCUGCAUUGAGACACAUCUGGACUUCACAUCAGGACAGAAACAACACGCUGCAGCUGCUGAGGGGUCUGGAGGGUUUGUACACGACAACGGUACACAAAUAAAAUACAGUAUGUGCUCUUCAGUACAACCCCCAACCCACACACUCACACUCGUAAACCAUUUGCACCUGUAGAAAUGACACUUCCACAAACCUCUGGAUACACACAGGGACACAAACAGUAUGUAGAGACCCGAUGUAGCUGUGGCUGUUGAUCAUUUUCCGACCUGUUACCUCAAGAUCACAGACUUUCAGAUCUGUAAACCAUUUCCUUUAAGUCACUACCAAAUACAAGCAGACAUACAGGAGAGGAAAGAGGCCACAUGUGGAAGAAACAUUUGAGUUCUGAGUUCAGAGCCAUCAUCAGAUUUCUCACUUGGUUUUCUUCUGGCAUCGAUUUUUAUUCUGCCAAGUUAGUAUGUAAUCAAAGGAAGUGGACAUGCAUCUAAACAUUUAACAUACUCUGUUUCCCUGUGGUGACGAAAUAAGUUUCAGGUAUUUUCUCAAGAUCUUGACUUAUUUAUCUCGUUUCCCCAGACAUGCAGAAUCAGAAAACAAACAUAGAAAUAGGCUUAACUUCCUCAUUAGUGUGGGCAAUGUCCAAUGACAUCCAGACAAUCCUGUUAUCACGGGAAAACAAGCUUUGUUAUCCUGAGAUAAUGAGAUACAUUAACCUGUUAUAAAAGCUAAAGAAGCUGUUUUAUCCUGAGAUGAUGAGGCGGUAAGUCAAGGUCUCCAUUUAGUCCACUAAAUCAAAUGCAUGGAUGUAUGUCCCCUUAGGGCUUCCUUAGAUUUCUUGCACCAGAGUGUGAGUUUUUUUUAGCUUUCCUUUUUCCCUUUUAAAAUAAAUAAAUCAGAAUAUUGACUUUGAUUUUACGGGAAAAUUGUAUUCAUUCUUAUGCACAUAAAGUCCUUAUUUAGGAAUCGUGUUAUUUUGUCAGAGUAAUAAAAUCAGAACUCAAUUUCUUCUCAAGGCCUU